GUGCCAAAGUUGAUCCUGCUUAUAUAUGCGGUGUCGUCUUUGUCGUCUUGUCGCCUUCGAGUGCGAAUUGAAAAAUGUCAUUGAAAAUUCAAAACUUAGCGACACAGUUCUUGACUAGUUAACUAUAAUACUAAGUCAUAUUCACUCACCAUUACAAUGGAAAAGUUUUCAUCAUGGAGAGAUAAAGCAACAGGAGUUUCACCAUUCAUACCUGUACAAUUCCCACUUGCUCAAGAACAUAAUAUAAUUCAAAAAGUUGGAUCUAUUAUCUUUAAAUCUAUUUCAUUUAUUAUAAAACUUCCAUUCUUUGUUAUACUUGGACUUUUAUAUUAUUUAACUUCAAUUAAAUUUACAUUAGAAGUAAUAAUAUUAUCAUUAUUUGGUUUUAAUGAUACUAAUAUAUCUGUAGAUGGAGUUAAACGAUCUAAUACUGAAGAAAUUGAGAAUUAUAAACCAAUUGUAGGUGAUAUAAUUAUUACUAAUUAUUUAACUCCUAUUGAUGGAUUAAUUUAUCAUUUAAUUUCAAAUGUUAAUAGUUGGAAGAGUAUUAAGAUCUUUAUUCCAGAUUUCAAUACUAAAAAGGUAUAUCAAUAUUCCGUAUGGACUUUAAUUGGAUUUACAUUCACUUCAAUUCAUAAUGAAUCAGCUAUUGUCAAAGAUUUUUCUUCAUUAGACUUGUCAAAUUCGGUAAAUUUCUUCUUAUUAGAAGGGGCAACUUCAAAUAAUAAAGCCCUUUUACCAUUCAUUAAUAUCCCGGAAGUUUCAUCAUUAUUAAAGAAAUCAAAAGUUAAAUCAGUAGUUAUAAAACUUCAACCAGCUUCAUAUACAUUACCUAUUCCAGGAAUUUACUCGAAAUUUUAUUAUCUUUUUGAAUUACUCUCCAAUUUAUCAAGAUCAGGAAAUAUUAAGGUUAAGAUAUAUAAAUUUGAUACUUUUGAUGAAGGUAAAAUUAGAGCAUCAUUCCAAUUAAAUAAUCUUCCUUUAAUCAGUAAUAAUUUGAACGUCGAAGAAAAGAAGAAAUUCAUUGAUUACUAUUUGAAUUACAACUUAGUUUCAGGUAAUAACAAUAAUAAGAAGAAACUGUCUUAGAUAAUUUCGUAUAAUUGUAUAGACUGCGAAAAAUUACAAUGCAGAUGUUAUGGUAGCGCCAUUACGCAGAAUAGAAGUUUAUAUAAAUCGUAAUGUAGAAUUUAGAAUGUUCUGCUUAACAUACUAUUAAUAAAUAUGAGUGUAUAUUAGAAAUAUAAUAAUAAUUGUAUAAA